GAAGCAAGCCCACUGGCAGUGCCGCGCCAUCAGUCAUUCUGUUUCCAGCAUCUUCCUCAUCGCCCGCAAAGAGGUGGUUCCGAGAACUCGGUUGCGGCACCGCCACAGUCGCAGCGGAUUGAAGUUUUAUUUCCCAACAUGGCAGAAGAGGAAGAGGUGACUUUUGAGGAAGAGGAGGAAGAAGAAUAUGUGGAGGAGGAAACGGAAGAAACGGCAGCCGAGGCAGAACCGGAAGCGGAACCGAAACCGAAACCUCCCGCCCCGGAGCCUCCCAAGCCUGCCACUCGGCCUCCUCCCCCAACUGCCACCCCUCAUCCCCUCCGCCGAAAAUCGUCAGCGAACUAUCGAGCCUAUGCUAUCGAGCCACAUGAUAAGAGAAAAUCGAAGAUAACGGCUUCUCGGAAACUGCAGCUCAAGACACUGAUGCUCCAGGUGGCAAAGCAGGAAAUGGAAAAGGAAGAAGAGGAGCAUGCGCGGGAGAAAGAGCGAUACCUUGCAGAGCACUGUGCUCCCCUGGACUGGACAGGCCUGGAUCUCGCAGGGCUGCAGGAGAUGUGCCGAGAGCUCCAUGCGCGGAUCGACAAGGUGGACGAGGAGCGCUACGACAUGGAUGCCCGGGUCCACAAGAGCAUCAACGAGAUCGAAGAUUUGAACCAGAAGAUCUUCGACCUGCGAGGCAAGUUUAAACGCCCGAAUCUUCGCCGCGUGCGUCUCUCUGCUGAUGCCAUGAUGCAGGCACUGCUGGGCUCCAAGCACAAGGUCUCCAUGGACCUGCGGGCCAACCUGAAACAGGUCAAGAAAGACGACACUGAGAAG